ACCGUGCUCACACACACUGCUUUGUGCCUGCAGCCUGCCUUUCUUUUCUUGCCUUCUUGGCGAAGUAGCUUAGCUGAGCUGAGCGGAGCUGACGACAUGGACGGGUACGGCAGCUACGGCGGCGAGAAGAGCGCGCUGGCCUCCGAGCUGGCGCAGGUGCUGGCCAUGGUCCGGGAGCUGGAGGCGCGCAUGGACCAGGACCCGCUUCCGGCGGCCGCAAGGGAGCUCUGCGCCGAGCUGGCGUCGUCCGUCGACAGGUCCAUCCGCAUCGCCCGGUCCUGCUGCGUCGACUCGCCGGCGUCCGGGUCCGGUAGCCCCCGCAGCGACGGCGGCAAUGCCGGCGCCGCCCAGUCCAAGAGGAGGAAGGGGACGCCGUGCGUGAGGAGGCAGCUGCGGGCGGCGUCGGUGCAGGACGCGGCGGCGCUGGACGACGGGCUCAGCUGGAGGAAGUACGGGCAGAAGGACAUCCUCGGCGCCAAGUACCCCAGGGCCUACUUCCGGUGCACGUACCGCCACUCGCAGGGCUGCCUCGCCACCAAGCACGUGCAGCGCGCCGACGGGGACCCGCUGCUGCACGACGUCGUGUACCACGGCGCGCACACCUGCGCACAGGCCGCGCACCCCAGCGCCCAGCAGCUGCGGCAGGAGCUCCAGCUGCAGCCCGGGCAUGGCGCCCAGGAGGACCAGGCCUCCCCGCUCGCGCUGGAGACCGAGGGCCUGAGGGCUGCUCUGCUAGAGCCCAUGACGCCCUACUCGUUCGCCACCGUGGCUGGUGCCGGUGCCGGUGCCAGUGCUGGCGCAGACUUCGCCGGCUGGUGCCCGCUCCUCUCGCCGACGGCCUUGGACUGGCAGUUCGAGGAGCUGUUCACCAAUGCAAUGGAGCCCUUUCAAUGGGACCUCUAUACGGCCAAUUAGAUGGGGGUAUCUGCAGACAAAACAUAUAUGUGCAGCACGUACUGUAGCUUGUUUUACCGAUUUCCGGUAUUAGUAUUAGCUUCAGAGUAGACUAGAGUGUAGUAUUCUUCUGCUACUAUGAUAACAGCUGGGUACUGUUUUGCCUUGUCCAUGCAAACCAUGAUAACACAGCUUCAAAAUGAUAUGAGCAACCAGACAGCCCAAGAAAAUGUUGUACCCAGCUGGCUAUCUGAAAUUCUGAAUCUAAGAUAGGAUCAAAGAUUCAGACCAGGUAAUCAUGUUGAAGCACUCAGAAUCAGAAUGUGAAUAAUUAUCCAAAUGGAA